CAUCGCAGGGCAGUCGACCACAGCCUGUCGUGGAGUCGCGACGCCUGCUCGCUCAAGCGUCACACAGCUCAGACCUUGCCGCGCUGCGAUGUCGACUCUGCAGCACGUGGUGGCGCUGGUGGCGCUGGUGGCGCUGGGUUCAGGCGCAGAUUCCAGCGCCCAGGUAGGGAGAUAUGUUCGAGGCGCUCAGGAUGCGGACUUGCAGCCCAUCAAUAACGACAAAAAGGUUAAAAAUCUCAGCGGGCUGCUGACAGAGGCAAAUCAACAUGUACAGGAACUUACGGAGAGAGAGAAGCAUCUAAACAACACAGUGCAGACGCUCUCCAGACGGCUUCAAGGACCGCUCAACAGCCCUCAGGAGUGUUCCGUCGCCAAGCCUGAACUGGACCACGUGCUUAGUGAAUUCUACAAGGACCAGGAUUGGGGGACACUGAGGCGAGGGCUGGAGUCGGCACUGGACCAUGGCAGCGUGGCCUACCAGCAACUGCAGACCGUGGCAUACGGGCACGCCUUCCCGCUGUGGAGGAUCGGCAGCCUCUGUGUGAUGGAGCUGGCCGAGGUGCUGGUGUCGGGUUCCCGGGGCCCCAAUAUCACCGAGGCUGACGGCGACACCAUCCUGCAUGGCGCCGCUGAAGGCGGCUGUAUGGCGCUGGUCACGAGACUCCUGGACCUGGGGGCCGACCUGAACGCCAGGGACAACGGAGGUGCCACGCCCCUCGUGGUCGCCGCCAGGUACGGCCGCCUGGAGGUGGUGCGGCUCCUGAGCGAGCGUGGCGCCGACCUGGACUGCGCCGAUGGCCACGGCUCGACGGGCCUGCACGUGGCGGCGGAAGGCGGCCAUCUGGGGGUGGUCCGAUACCUGGUGGAGGCUGGGGCCGACCUCGCCGCCCACGACGAGAACGGGGGCACCGCGCUGGACAGAGCGCGGUCCCGGGGCCGCUUGAAGGUCCUGCAGUACCUGAUGUCCCGUGCAGCCCAGGCAUCCUCCGAGCACACCACGCAGGCUGCAUGACCUCGCCAGCAGCCUCCCUCAAGUCCUUCAAGCCAGAGUCUCCGACACAGAUGGAUACCCCAUCCAUGUGCAUCGCGCUUGGACCCAUGCGGCCGGAAGCCAGAACGCAGUGCAGAAUGUUGGUGGAGAUGUGCAGAGUUUUAUUUUAGUGAGCUAACACAUAAUUAAAUAGGACAUUAAAAAACACAGCUACACAUCGUUCAAUUCACGAAAGCAAAUUUACUUAAAUGAGUUCAAAAUUCUGACCAAAUGCCCUGGGGAAAAAUCAUAGAACAAACACUAUUAUUUAAUUAUGCAGAAAGUUUGUCAUAAAAACUCAAUGAAAGUUUGUAACAAGUUUCUAUCAUGCUUAUUACUCUUCACAUUACCAGCAUAUGUAAGCUAUGACCAGCAGUGUAAAUAGUGCAUCAAGCUUGAACUAAAAUAGAUAGGCCAAAUUAA